AUGGGUAUUGGAAGCAUCAUCUAUUUCGCCUUUCACCCAUCCGAAUUGAGGUCAAUCGUUCAAUGGAAAGUCUGGCAUAACCCCGUUCAUGAACGCAACGAGAAGGAUGAGACGGAGACACAAAAGGCGUGCUUCAAGUUCCUAGACUUGACAAGCCGGAGUUUCAGUGCUGUGAUCAAAGAACUGCAUCCAGAGUUGCUGCUGCCGGUUUGCGUCUUUUAUCUGGUGCUUCGUGGACUGGAUACUAUCGAGGAUGACACCUCUAUCCCCCUUGAAACCAAGGAGCCUCUGCUGCGCAACUUCAAAGACUUCUUAGAACAAGAUGGUUGGACCUUUGAGGGAAACCGCCCUGAGGAGAAGGACCGUGAACUGCUGGUUCAGUUUCACAAUGUCAUUACUGAGUUCAAGAACAUGAAGCCCGCCUACCAAGUUAUCAUCAAGGACAUCACCGAUAAAAUGGGUAACGGCAUGGCCGAUUAUGCACGCAAAGCUGCCACGGAGGACGCAAGUGUCAAGACUGUUGAGGAGUACGACCUUUACUGCUAUUAUGUAGCUGGCUUGGUGGGAGAAGGUCUGACUCGCCUCUUUGUGGAAGCAGAGUUUGGCAACCCUGCCUUGAUGAAGCGUACCCGUCUCCAUAAGUCUAUGGGUCUCUUCCUCCAGAAGACCAACAUUAUCCGCGAUAUUCGCGAAGACGGAGAUGAUGGUCGGCGGUUUUGGCCCAAGUCUAUCUGGUCUAAGCACGUUGACAACUUUGAGGAUCUUUUCAAACCUGAACACCGAGAAGCCGCCCUGAACUGCAACUCUGAGAUGGUCCUAAACGCAUUGGAGCAUGCCGAGGAAUGUCUCUUCUACCUCGCCGGCCUGCGCGAGCAAAGUGUAUUCAACUUCUGUGCUAUCCCUCAGUCUAUGGCAAUUGCUACAUUGGAACUUUGUUUCCGCAACCCUGCCAUGUUUGAGCGGAACAUCAAGAUUACCAAGGGAGAUGCUUGCCAGCUCAUGACCGAGUCAACACAAAAUCUUCGUGUCCUCUGCGAUGUCUUCCGCCGCUAUGUUCGUAAGAUCCACAAGAAGAACACUCCUAAGGACCCCAACUUCCUCAAAAUAAGCAUUGUUUGCGGACAGAUCGAGAAAUUUAUCGAGACCAUUUUCCCUUCGCAGGAUGCGGAAGCUGCUCAACGCCGUGUUGCAGGCACGGUGACAGAGGCUGAGGCUGAGAAGGCUCGGCAGGAUGCCGAGACACGCAAGGAUGUCAUGUUCAUGAUGGGACUGAUGCUUACAAUCUGUAUAAUAGUCUCACUUAUUAUGAUUUUUACUGCUUGGAUGCUUGGAGCUCGCUUCGACCUCGCAUGGCAAGAGUUGAGGAGCGGCAAUUUCGCAGCCCCGAAACCUUCCGUGGAGCACAGCGAGCUUUAA